AUGCUGAUCACUCCUCGAACGUACAUCGCUUCGCAGACCCCAGACCACGCCAAUUCGCGCGUCGAGGGCGCGUCCCGCUUCUACACACUCGCCGGGUGGCAUCAGAGCCCCGUGGAUACUGGACAAGCUGCGGAUAUGCUGUUCAUUCAUCAAGUCGGCAGUGUUCGCGUAGGGGAAGUAGCACGGUCAGUUCCAGAACACCUAGAAGCCCAUAUUCUCACUGCUUUGGCUCCGGGCUCUUCCGUUGACAGAUAUACCUUGACAUACACGCCAGCUGCCGACCCUAUCCUGCCCAUUCCGUCCGAACUCCAUGUGAGGGUGAAGAACUCAUCCGCGAUCCCUCUUCGAGCUGCUUAUCUCCAUGGCCCAUAUACGCUCUAUGCAGCCUGCUACCCCUCCAAGUUCGAUCCCAACACUGGAGGCAGCUGGAAUGCGGUCAUCAAAAUGCCCACGCGCUUCGGAGAUUCCCAUAAUCUUGCUGUUGGACAGCUCGGACCAGACGGAGACCGAAGUAUGACCUGGGUCAUCGAGAUCGUGUCCCAGGUCAUCUUCUCGAAUAGCGCCGCGGUCCACUUUGAGCUGCUUGUUGGCCGCGACGCGAAAUCCGUGGAGCUUUUUUCUUCAGGCGCCGCCUCGAUGAAAAUUGGACCCCCUGGUAAAUUUCAUGAACAUUGGCUCCCAGGAAGCAAGGGCCAACAAGUCACUGCUUCAACUGGAGUGUAUUCGAAAUCCAUUACAUUACGCGUCGACGAUACGACUAGCUUGUGGAACACCCCGCCUUUACCAUCGGGGACACCGGUCCCAGCGAACGAUACGCCGGAUGGUAAUCGCUCGGAAAUCCAGGUGAAUGAACAUCCGGGAUCAGAGUGUGCCAGCGAGACGCAAGCCUUCAAGGCCUCUAGGCAGAAAAUUCAUCUGGUCGUGAUUACUCAUGGCUUGCACAGUAAUCUAGGCGCCGAUAUGCUUUAUUUGAAAGAAAGUAUUGAUGCCGCCGCCAGAAAGUCGAGUGAACAAGCGAGAGCCGCCAAAGGUGACCAUGAUAACACCGACGACGAGCUUGACGAGCAAGUCAUUGUCCGGGGCUUUUCUGGAAAUGCCGUGCGAACUGAACGUGGCAUUCAAUAUCUUGGCAAGCGCCUGGCUAAAUAUGUCUUGCUCAUGACCUAUCCCGAUCAGCCAUACUUUCCCCUCAAAGGGUCCAAGUCGAAGUCAUUCUCCCGCCCUUUCAGUGCUCGCAAAGACCAGGCUGAGCCCUCAUUAGAAACCCACGCCUCAGUGAACAGAGGUGAUUUCUUAAAUGGAGAGAAUAUGGCCUAUCAAAUCACCAGCAUCAGCUUCAUUGGACAUUCUCUCGGUGGAUUGAUUCAAACUUACGCUAUCGCAUAUAUCCGGAAACACUCGCCCGAGUUUUUUGACCGAAUCAGACCGGUCAAUUUCAUUGCUCUCGCAUCUCCCUUUCUAGGCCUUAGCAAUGAAAAUCCAAUGUAUGUGCGGUUUGCUCUGGACCUGGGGCUUGUUGGACGGACUGGACAAGACCUCGGUCUCAGCUGGACAGCGCCCAGGGUGCGAAGUGGGUGGAGUGCUCUCAUCGGUGGCCGAGGAGACUCAUCAAAAGCCCAAAGUCAGUCAGAUCCCGGCGCAAAGCCACUUUUGCGAAUCCUGCCUUGUGGUCCCGCACAUGAGGUUCUUCACAAAUUCCAGCAUCGCACCAUUUACUCCAAUGUAGUGAACGAUGGAAUUGUUCCGCUAAGGACAUCGUGUCUCCUCUUCUUGGACUGGCGUGGCCUUGAUCGGGUUGAGAAGGCGAGAAGAGACAAUGGUCUUGUUGGCACUAUGGCCGAAUGGGGCUGGGCCGAAUUGACGGGGGCGAACUCAAAAUCUCCUCGAAUGACAACCGCGCUGCGAAAUGGUAGCAAUGGAACAAAAAAAAGCUACCAGGGCCUCUACGAUGAAGCACAGUCCUCCCAGGGAGUUGUUGCCGUGGAUGAUCCAUCGUCACCAAGCCAUAGUCAAUUCCUGACUCGCAUGCCUUCGCGUGGCAGUCGCGCGGUGGACACGGGACCGAAGGAGAGUGAAUCCGACAGGAACUCCGGACCCCUCAACUCCUUCCUCGCACUGUUUCGCCCGAAAGAAACUAAGCAAACUCUUGGCAAAGGUUCUAAAAUCUAUAGGCGCAGCCAGACUGUCGCAUCUUUCGACCCCAAUGAAUCACCGGCUCCCAUCGUGCGAGGCAAUUCUAUGUUUGAAGAGGAUGGCGUCCAUACACCUCCGAAGACGACGUUUUUUGAAUCGGCAGGAGACUUGCUGAUGCCACCAUUGCCCCCCACGGAUUUUAUCUUGGACCCGGCUGCUCGUCCUCGAACGAUCUUCCAUGAUCGUAUCUAUCAUCCCGAAGAUAUUCCCCAUCCCUUGCCGGUGAAGCGACGAACCUUGGCAUUCGGCUCGCUGCAAACCAAAAACUCCAAACCGGCUCCUGCUUCGGCAACUCAUCUUUCUUCCACCUUCGAGCCCGAUGCCAACGACCAUGGGAGUGGGCUCAAAGUCGAGGAGAAAAUCGCGAGAGCCUAUCAUCGUGAUCUUUCUUGGCGCAAGGUGCUCGUCCGCCUCGAGCCCGAUGCACACAACAACAUCAUUGUGCGGCGCAUGUUUACCAAUGCGUAUGGAUGGCCCGUGGUGAAGCAUCUUGUUGACACGCAUUUUGGCCACUCUCCCACCGUCCAGGUCGAUGAUACACUGAAACAGAAUGUCGAUCGUGCUAAGUCCCCGAAUGUUGGACCAACUAGCUCAGGUGACGAGGUUGAAGGACAGAGUGAUGUUGGUGAUCGUUCUGCGGCAAACAGCCAUUGCACCAUGUCGGUCCCUUCUCAGGAUCCUGACACCUUCCCCGCCGACAACGAAUCUCACGAGACUGCGAGUUCCCUUGAACGGUCCCAGUACACGGGCGUCUCUCGGCAGGAUUCAGCACGGUGGACUGAUCGACAGGUGGAUGAGGAUGAUGACUGUGAGUCCGGAUUGGACGAAGAAGACGAGGUCGGCUUCCGUCGAUCCCCACGGCUGAACGCCUGA